CCACUUACUGUCAAAUGGAACUCUACAAACGCCAACUAUACCAGACCAGACCAGUCAGUGACACUCUACUCUGCUCUCAGUUUCAGUCGGUAUUAAUCAUAGCUAGAAGCCAGUUGAUCGUGUCGCUCGCUUGUGGGUUAUUUUAGCUAUACGGCCGAAGUCGAAGAAAGAUUUGUGUUUUUACUUUUCGAUUUUUACUCACUUGCUUAUACUUCAAACGUCACUAGCGCUAUCUAUCGUGUCCCCUUUUUUCUGGUGUCCGUUCGUUUCCCCCAAAACGCUGUCAAUUGACGGUUUACAUUUGACCAUAGUCAAGCGCGCAUUGAAGUCAAAACAUUUGCUAUAGUCGCGGUGGUAACUUAUCGCGGUGAAGUGCGAAUUAUUAAAAAGAAGGUUUUAUGGUAAAAAAAUAAAGGAAUUGAGAAAGAGUACAUAGAUAGAGCACAUGUGUUUUUCUUUUAUUGAAAAAGCCCAUUAUAGAAAAGUGCUGUUUAUAGUUUUAUCUCUUAAAAUUUGAGUGUGAAAAGUGAUCUGCUCAAUAAUUUUCAAACAAAAUUUUAUAGCGAACAAGACCACAGACCAUAUCUACCAUGGAUUACAUUGUCAGGCGUUAUAAGGAUUGGAAAUUGCAUUCACAAUUCACAGAGAUCGUACAAGACAUGGACGAGGACUACAUGUUCAACGAGAAACAGUCAAUUCGUGAGUCAGCGCGAUCUCUGAAAAAAUACGGCAGCACCUGUAAUCACAUGAGAAACAACGAUACCCUGGUUAAGCAUGACAUCGAGAAAACUGAUACACUCCAAGGAAUUGCCCUCAAAUAUGGAUGCACGACGGAACAAAUACGCCGAGCUAAUCGUCUAUUUGCAUCAGAUAGUUUAUUUCUGCGUCAAUAUUUACUAAUACCCGUCGAUAAGUCAUCACCCUAUUAUCCAAAAGAUGAUCGACCUCAAUCAUUACCCACAAGACCAUAUUCAAUUGCGGGUAGUGAAAUGCUAGCUAGCACAGAACAAUCUUCACCACAACAAAAUCACACAAGCAAAAAUGGCAGCAAAUCAAUGGAUUCAGUUACAAUGAGUCCAGAGGAAGAAAAUAGAAAAUGCAUCGAUGAAUUUCUGGGUAAAAUUGAUUCUACAAUAGCUGAGUCCAAGAAAUAUGUAGAAAAGUCACAAUGCAACAGAACAGAUCUGUUAACGAGUCAAAGCGAUGACGAUCUUUUUACAACCGGCGGAGUACGCCGAAUAAAAUCACCCAAUUCCAGCUCAUAUAAACAACAUUAUCAGCAAAAUAACCAGACAAGUCAUACACGUCACAGUUCUUCAGGAAGCACCUCCGACACCGCGCAGCUCCUUAAUAUUACCCAAGGAAGGAGAGUGCAAAAUUCACUGCAACGCCUCGAAAAGCAACAAGAUGAAUUUUUCGAAUUGUAGCAUAAGGCAAACAAUAUCAAAUCAACUUACCAUUACUUUACAAAUUAUUUACAAUUUAAUUGCAACUAAUUCCUAAACUGUGUUAUAUAUAAAACAAACAACAACAAAACAAAGCAACUAUACAAAAUACAACCAACUAACAAAAAACAAA